AUGGCUAUUCUGUAUUUGGUACGAGGAACACACACUCAGAAUGUGCCUACAAUUAAUUGGGUUGCCUUUAAUCAAGACAAGACGCUUUCAAGAAUCGAAGGCACAGCUUCUCUGGACUUCGCUAUCCGAAUAGGGCGUCAACCUGGAAGAUUCUCGGGGCCCUCGAAAGAGUGCAAAGAAGAGGGAGAUUGGAGUUUCAUUCUGGGACGGAAUCCUUAUUCCUCUCUGUUCGAAAUGAGAGACGUGCGAACUUAUUUAUCUCCGUUCAAAAGACAACAUACCGUUAACCCAGCACUUCUUCUGGCAAGGAAUAUUGGUGCCUGCAGUCAAGGACUUGCCAUAAAGCAAACCUGCAAUCGAGAGACCUUUGCAUGUAAGAAAUUGCCACGUUCUACCUUCAAUUCCAGGAUUGGCGAGGCUGGUCAGGAAAUGUAUAAGAAGCGCAAACUCGAGAUAAGAAAUUGA